UCUCUCUCUCUCAGCUGUAAUUCUGCUAUAACCACUUAAUGGCAGGGAUGGUCACAAGUCCCUCUCUCAAUGAAACUUUUUUCAUCAAAAAAGCCAAAGAGACAGUAGCAGUAAGUAGCAGUGAUAUGGAGUAGAAGCUUAAUAGUCUGCCCCCUCUUUCAAUCGCUCUCUGUCUCAGAAUUUAACAGAAGUAAUAUAAAAGUCAUACCCUUUGUUCAAGACUUCUGUUCUUCCUUUCUAUCUGUGGGUUCUGUAUCUGUCGUUGAAAAUCUUCUUCUGCUGGUAGAAUUACAGAGACCCCACCUCUUCUUAUAUUUUUCAAGAUUUUGCAGUUGUGGCUACUACUAGGAGGCUACAGUCGGAUUCUGGGGCCUUCGCGGACUGGUUGGCUUCAUCUUCGUCCUCUGCCGGGGACCUUUCUUUGGGAUUCAAUGCCGGACCCACCGCCGGUGAUAACACCAGCAACACCGAAGCUGGUACCGGUGGAGGAAUGUGGCCCUCAUCUACUACCACAAGGCAUGUUAACUACGGCUUACCUCCGGAAUUCUUCGUAGUUGCGCCGGCUUCUUUCCAUCAUAAUACUCAGCACCACCACCACCCGGAGGCUGCCGCUGCCACCACCAUCAACUUCGAUCAUCAUGGCAUUAAUGCAUCUAACGCGGCGGCUGCCAUAGGCGUUGGUGUGAUUCCUCUCCUCACGGCGGCCCCUUGUCUAAAUAUGGGUUCUACAGAUGAGGACUUGUCGAUUAAUGUACGAAAUCGCAGUGGAAGUGGGAUGCAACUCUGGCAAAAUCAGCAGGUACAAAAUACUUCUGCUUAUUCAAAAAAACACAUGAUUCAGGAUCAUAAUAUUCUACUUCAGACCGGUAGAGGAGGAAGUAGCUGCGGCGGAGGCGAUGGAAUUGGAGGAUCUUCGUCCGGAGCAACCACUUGUCAAGACUGUGGAAAUCAAGCUAAAAAAGAUUGUAGCCGGCAAAGGUGUAGGACUUGUUGUAGAACUAGAGGUUAUGAUUGUGCUACACAUUUGAAAAGCACUUGGGUUCCCGCUGCACGCCGUCGUGAACGGUUGGCCAUGGCCGCUACUGCCGCCACCGCCGGCUCUUCUCAGUCCACCUCCGGCGCCAAAAAACCUCGACUCGGCACUUCUUUAACUACUACUGCUUCUCAUACUUCAACUUCUAACAACACCCCUCCUAGAAGCUUUGAUACCAGUUCUAGCCACCAAGGUGCAAGUUUUAAAGAGCCAUUUCCAGGCCAAGUUCGAGCGCCAGCAGUGUUCAAGUGUGUUAAAGUGACUGCAGUUGAUGAUGGCGACGAUGAAUAUGCAUACCAAGCUGUAACGAGAAUUGGAGGCCAUGUUUUCAAAGGAUUUUUAUACGAUCAAGGUGUCGAAUCAAGAGAUGGAUUUCCCAACAUAUCGGACUUGCAUUUAGGGGGUAGCAGUGGCGGCGGGGGCGAGGGAAGACACGGGGCUUCCUCUUCGUCCCCAGUUCUCGAUGCAUCUGAUGUUUACGCUUCCGGGGGCGGGUUACUCGGAGGAUCAAAUUAUGGGAUUCCAAUAAAUUGAUUCUCUCUCAAAGCAGUGGAUGCAAAGACUCAAAGCAGAAAUUCCACUGUAUUCUAAACCUUUUAUCACUGUUGCUAAUAGGUUCUUGAUUAUUCUUCUUGUAGACUUUUUAAUUAUUAACAACUUUCUUUCACUUUCGGCUUCAGCUCUAGCCUCUAGCCUGUUUUCCGUAAUAAUUCUUCAUGAGUAUAAUCAUUUGCCAGAAAAAGAUAAUUCCCUUAGAUUAGUUUAGAUAUUCUCUCUAUAAAUAUUAUCUUUAUCUUGUUUC